AUGAGGACAUGGAUAAUUGAGCUUUGUAAACAUAAGUUUUCUCAAUUUCCAAAGAGUAAACCAUUCCGGCGAUUGAACAGACAGGGCGGGCGUCCUGCAACCGAGAAAUUAGCAACGUAUAUACUUAAUCUGGUGAAAUUUUGUAGUUCAGGCGAGGUGACAAGUGAAAUAAAUGAUAUAUUUCCGAAACCGCCAUCUCAGGGUGUACAAUCUUUCUUGAAUGUUAUGGCCGAAAAUGCAGAUGAAUUUCAAAACUUAAUUAAUCCUAAGUGCGGCCAAGACGAACGAGAGCGAUUCUCGUCGCUUUUAGAUAAGCUAGACGAGAAUUAUUAUCAACUAAAAGACGAUUUUGAUCAGGCUAUGAUAAGCAUGAAGCAGGAAAUUACUGAUUUAAAAAAAAAUAUAUCUGCGAUAAAGAAGUCAAAAUUUCGACUUUAA